AUGGCGGUGUUCACAAGAAUCAAAAAAGAACGACCGGAGGAUUUGAGCAAAAUCGUACCAAUCCCAGGAGAUAUCGCUGCACCUGAUCUGGACAUCAAAGCGGAGGAUGAGGCUAUCUUGAUUAAUGAAAGAAGAGAAGAGAAGACAGAAGGCAACCUGGGCCCCGACGUUUCACCAUGUGUAUUCUGUCCCAUGAUGAUCGGGGGCGAUACCAUCCUCAUAUCUAGCACACGUUUUUGGUUCACAUUUCCAACUAUGUACACUAAUACCGAUAAAACAGUGGUCGAAGAGAUUGUAUACCCUCCCCCCAAAGAUCUGGGGGAGGUGUACAAAUUCGCCAGGAACUACGGAGAUGAUGCGGAAAAGGUUUCUAAGAUGAUAGAGGGACGACCCAACACCUACACAUUCACGAAGGCGCUCACCGAGACCAUGAUAUCAGAGAAACGUGGUGAUCUCCCAGUGGUCAUCGUGCGACCUUCCAUAGUAACACCAUCAAUCAAAGAGCCGUUCCCAGGCUGGCUGGACAACUGGUACGGCGCCACCAGUUCUCUCACAGUCAUAGCUAAGGGCAUCUGUAGGGGUGUCGUCGGAAACAGACGCAACAUACUGGAUCUUAUACCAGUGGACUACGUGUCAAACCUCACUUUGAUAUCAGCUGCUAAGUGUAAUAGCAAAGGUCAGCUCACUGUGCUAAAUAGCUGCACAAGCCAUGUCAACCCGAUUACAUGUGGAGAACUUGUGAAGCUUUACACACAACAGAGCGUAAAGGAAAGAUUUUACAGUCUGCCGUUUCCUGGAGUAAUUCUGAUGACGAAAUACAAAUGGAUAUUAAGAGUAAUAUCUUUUAAUAUGAAGACAGUAGCUUUCGUUGUGGACCUCGUUCUACGUAUUAUCGGAAGGAAACCUAAAUACGUAAAGUUAAUAAAAAUGUCAGACUACGCUCGCGAUUUAGUUGAGUAUUUCACGUCUCACUCCUGGGUCUUCAAGUGCGACGAAGUCCGCGCCCUCUACGCCUCCCUGAGCCUUCAAGAUCAAAAGACUUUCCCCUGUGAUCCAUCACACAUCGUCUGGAACCAAUACAUACCGUUAUAUUUUAAUAGUGUUAAAAAACACUUACUUGAUACGCAGAAAAGGUUUUAAUUCUCAAAAUCCGAAUGUAAUAUUUUAGUUGGUUAGAUUGGUUAAUCAGUUUUAUGGCUUAUGAUAAAAAUAUGGUGCUACAACGUGGUAAAAGAAUGCCGUCCCCGGCUCCGCAUUCUCGCGGAUGCGCCUAAUUACAUAAAUAACCAACAAAGGCUGCAAGCGUUACCUACACAUACUGGAUUUGCUCGUUCUGAAGCCGCUUGUCUUCCGUUUCGUGCCCUUCAACUCCGAAGAAAAUUUACCCAGAACUUGCGGGAAGGCGAGGCGAAGUUACAUGGUUAUAGGCGAGGGCUUUAACUACAUCCACGCCCUCGUGUCUCCUCAUUAGCUCCUAGAGAAUGUGGAUCGGGCAUUAUGGUCAACACACGUGAAUGCAGUACAGUCGCUUCGAUGAAAAUUCGCGUUGUUAUCGCGCAACCGUCUUCUGACUCCUCCGUUGUAAUUUAACAACAAUGAAAUAUAUUGUGAUGAUUCUGAAUAUCGUAUGUAAUAAUUUUGGGAUAUGAAUGUUUUAGUUUAUUAGUCACAACAAAACGGCAUAAUAUGCCAUUAAUCAUAGUGGACCGAGAUAUAAAAUAAGUAUUAUAGUUAUAAAUUAGUUUUAAGUGGUGAAUAUGUAAAAAUAUGUUUAGUUAGGUACUCGUUUUACCCAUGGCGACGAAGCGAUGUGCCGCGCGAAUCGUAUCGAGAUAUCACCGCGUGAACUCUGGCAACAAGUCUGCGCGUGGUCUUAAAUAUUGCCAUUACUGGGAAUAAACUAAUGUCCAAGGAUAAAUAAAAAAAAUAUUAUCGAAAUGAUUCCCAAAUAAAGCAACAACAGACGUAAUUGUCAAAAAAAGUGUUAUUUUUCUACUCGACAGAUUUUUUUUUAUUUAUUAAUUAAAAAAAAUAUUAUCAUUUAGUUUACAAUUAACAUGUUUUAUCUGCAAGUCAUUCCAAUUUUUCUUUCGCCAACUAGAAUUGAAAUCUUCUCAUUUUCCUGACGCCUCAUUUGUGAGUGCGCAUCGAUGCGUUUGGGGUUUCGGGUCCACCAAGCGUUUGGGGUCGAAAUACCACCAUAUGUAUGUCUCAUUAUUAUAUUUGUAAAUAUUACAAACUAAGACUGCACCUUUUGUGAACACCGAGAAAUGAAAUAUAGUUUUUGUUUUUUAUUUA